CCAUUGACUGAUAGACUUCUUAAAUUUGUGCAUAUCAAGUUCCUUUCCACACUGUAAUUCAUUGCAAGAGCCUAAAAUCAAUUCAUAUAGCAUGUUCUGGGUAAUCUGUUCUGCAUCAUCAAUUCAUGGCUAGUAGGGGAAGAAAUCACUUUCUUUUUAGCUUUUCGUGCCUCGUUUUUCUAUCAGGGUUUUCUCAUUCCUCCACGGACAGGCUAGUACCGGGCCAACAGCUCAAAGAUGGGGAUCAGCUAGUUUCAGCCUUUGGGAAAUUCAGCUUGAAAUUCUUUAGCCCUAAAGAUGUGGAGAAGCGUUACUUAGGAAUACUCUACAAAGGGGAUAAGCCCGUGUGGGUUGCAAACAGGAACACCCCAAUCUUAGAUGAAUCUGGAAGUCUUACAAUAGAUAGCAGCGAUGGGAAUCUGAAAAUUUUUUACCAGGGAGGAGAUCCUUAUUCCAUAAGUUGGGUUCAAGGAGUGACAAUUGCUAGUACUGCUACUCUACUGAAAACUGGGAAUCUUGUCCUACAAGAGAUAAAUUCAAAUGGAUCGAUGGGACGGAUGCUAUGGCAAAGCUUUGAUUAUCCGACUGACACACUUUUACCUGGGAUGAAACUUGGAAUCAACUUGCAAACCGGGCAUAAAUGGUUUUUGCAGUCAUGGAUUAAUGAAAUCUCUCCUGCCCAAGGUUCCUUUACCCUUGGUAUGUGUUCGAAUUUCACAAACAAGCUGGCUAUCUGGUGGCGAGGGGAAGUCUACUGGACUGGUGAGCUCUGGUUAAAUGAGCAAUCAAUUUCCUCGAAUUCUUGGAAUGUUGAAAACUAUGAAUUUAGAUUAGUUGCAAACGAACAUGAAAAAUACUUCACUUACUUUAUAACUGGACCUGGAGAUCCAUUUUUCAUGCCGAAAAUUCAACCGGACGGAAGCUCAGAGUUUCGAGGGCAUUUUUUAAACGAAAAAGUUUUUCAGAAAGAUCCUCUAUGCAGGUCAGAUGCUCUGUCUUUUGAAAGUAAAUACGGUUUCAUGUCUGGCUAUGGACUCAAGUUCAAAGAAAGUGAUAACAUGAGCCAUAUUGAUUGUGAAAUGAAAUGCUGGAAUAAUUGUUCUUGCUUCGCCUAUAGUACCACACAUCUCAGUUGUGAGAUUUGGGGCAGGGAAGCAAAUUUUAUAGAAUCUUACGAGGGAGUUCUCUAUACACGGCAUAUACGCAUCCUUCGAGAGAAACAGAAAGAAUACUAUACUGUUGCCUAUACUGUUGCGAAAAACAAGCGCCGGUUCCCAUUAAAAGUUGCAGUAGGAGCAGCUAUAUUGGUUUUCCUCAUGUGCUACUCAAUUUAUUUCAUAUGGAGGAUAGUCAUACCAAAAGUCCUCAGCAAAAGAAAGCGAAAGAAGCUCUUACGUAUGCUUCGACAGAGAAUUUUACUUAUCACCCCAUAUGGGAAAAAGAAAAGAGAAGAAGAAGGUCAUGGCAUAGGCCAUGAGCUGAAAAUAUUUGAUUUUCAAGUCAUUUCAGCAGCUACAGAAAAUUUCUCAGCUGACAAUAAGCUAGGGGAGGGUGGUUUUGGUCCAGUUUAUAAGGGUCAAUUACCAGAUGGACAACAAGUGGCAAUAAAAAGACUCUCUAGAAGAUCAGGUCAGGGAAUUGUGGAGUUCGAGAAUGAAGCUAAAAUCAUUGCAAAACUCCAACACACUAAUCUUGUAAGGCUUUUGGGAUGCUGCCUUCAUGAAGAAGAAAGGAUUUUAGUUUAUGAGUACAUGCCUAACAAGAGCUUGGAUUUCUUUAUUUUUGAUUCUAACAGGAAGAACCUAUUAAAUUGGAGGAAGCGUUUCAGCAUAAUUGAAGGGGUUGCCCAAGGACUUCUUUAUCUCCAUAAAUAUUCAAGACUAAGGGUGAUCCAUAGGGACUUGAAAGCAAGCAACAUUUUACUAGAUGAACAAAUGAAUCCAAGAAUAUCUGAUUUUGGCAUGGCUAGAAUCUUUCACGUAAAUGAGUCAGAAGCAAACACAAGGAGAGUUUGCGGAACGUAUGGCUAUAUGUCUCCAGAAUACGCCAUAAAUGGCACUGUUUCAACUAAAAUUGAUGUGUUUAGCUUCGGAGUCCUGGUACUUGAAAUUAUCAGUGGUCAGAAGAACAAUAGGUUCUAUCACACAGAGCGGCCACUCAACCUUUUAGGAUAUGCAUGGCAGCUGUGGAAGGAAGGAAAGAGUUUGGAGCUAAUAGACCAAAAGCUGGGCGCAUCAUGUUCUCCUAACGAAGUUCUAAGAUGCAUUCAUGUUGGUUUAUUGUGCGUACAAGAUCAGGCAAGAGAUAGGCCGACAAUGUUUACUGUGGUUUCUAUGCUUACAAAUGAAACUAUGCUUCUUCCGGACCCCCAAAAACCAGCAUUCUUCAUCAAUGUUACCGAUGAAGAAUUGCAUGUUCCUGAAAACAAAUCAGAAAAUUGUUCCAAUAAUGAUGUAACAAUUUCAGUUAUGGUAGCAAGAUGAUGAGUUAGUAAAUUUAUUAUCUGAGCUUCCAUGUUAAUUUUUCGAGCUUUAAAGGCGUGAUAGAACCUCCUCGUGAAAGUUGAUCCUAGAACCAGCACUAGUCCGUGCCUGAUGAUGCGGGAAAUUGCACCAACGUUGCAAUCCGGAGAUAUAGAUGUUAUUGGCAAAUUAUGAACAUUUGAUAUCAUAAUAGUUUUUUGUUUGUUCUCUCAAAAAUCUGUGCACACAUGUUAUAUUUUGUGAUUAUAUAUUAAAUAUAAAUCUUAUCUGACACCUAUUAUUA